AUGAAAGCUAUCGUGAUAGACAAGUUCUGCGACACGUUGGAUCAAGUUCGUGUAUCCGAGGUCCCUACCCCAGAAGCGACUGGUGACAAUGUUCUCAUCAGAGUUCGGGGUGUCGGCGUCAAUUAUGUUGAUACUUUAUACGCUUGUGGAAAACACCAAAACAACAAAAGACAUGUCACUCCCCCAUUCGUGCUCGGGCUUGAGUUUGCCGGCACCGUAAUCGCCGCGCCGACCGGCUGUGAGUUUCAAAAAGGCGACGCCGUCUUUGGCGACCAUGCCGGCACGUACGCGGAAGUCAUCUCCAUCCCCCAGGACCAAAUCACCUCACUGCUGCGCGUCCCCGAGGGCUGGCCCGUCGAGGCCACCGCAGGACUCGCCGCCACGCUGCCCGUGUCCUACGACGGGCUCAUCUCCGCGGGCCGCCUGCGCGCUGGCGAGACCGUCCUCGUCCACGCGGCCGCAGGCGGUCUCGGCACCAUGGCCUGCCAGAUCGCCGCGGCCAAGGGCUGCCACGUCAUUGGCACUGCCGGCUCGGAUGACAAGUGCGCCUACGCCAAGGGCUAUGGCGCGAACGAGUGCAUCAAUUACUCUACGGAUAAGGAGUGGUGGAAAAGGAUCAAUGAAAUUACGGGAGGGAAAGGCGUGGAUGUGGUGUUUGACCCGGUCGGCCUGGUCGAGCCCAGCCUCAAGUGUGUGGCCUCGAAGGCUCGCGUUGUUGUGGUGGGCUUUGCAGGGUCGGAUGGCAACUUUGAAAAGAUUGCCAUGAAUCGCAUUCUGUUGAAGCAAGUGGAGCUCAUUGGAUACCGGUUUGGGCAGUCGUUGAGAGAAAACCCCGCCAAAAGAGAGGAGGUCUGGGAGCAGCUCUACCCGAUGCUCGAGUACCUGAGCGUCAAACCCACUCUAUCCGCAAUGUACGAGGGACUGGAGAGUGUACCGCGGGCGUUAAAGGACAUAUCAGAGCGCAGAAUCUUUGGCAAAGCAGUGGUGCGACCCGCGACGGGCGGGAAUGUCUCUCGCUUGUAA